AGUAUGACCAAAGUUGCAUUUUGUGUGGUUGAUUUUAACUUAAUGCCUAAAUUUACCAAUUUUUCAGGUUCUUUGCUCCUUAGCUGUCCUGCAAUUGACUGAAAAUAUAUCCAUUUCAGCUAGCAAAAUGACAUCAACAUAUGAGUCAUGGACAAGUUGGUUGUGUGAUUUGGAACCAGAAGAUUACAACUUCGUUAAUGAAUCAAAUACAAACAAGGUACAUGAAAGUUUCCAUUUUCAUCAUGAAAUUGACAUAAUAACCCCUUUGCCACAAGAUCAUAAUAGUGAUAGUCAUUACUCAAGCACUAUGAGUAACUCCUCAGGGGAUGCUAACAGCUUUGAGAGGCCUUCCAAAACACUUAAGACUAACCCUUCAAAUACAGGGUACCCUUCCUCACAAAAAAAAGAUUCUUCCUUCCCUUACAUUCUUUCAUUUAACAAUGAAAAUCCAGAACCAGAGCCAAUAUUGAACAUUGAUUCUUCUUCUACCUUGAAACCGAAAGCCAAAAGUUUAAAUCAUGGAAAGUCUUUAACCUCAAACAAAGGGUCCUUAGAAAAUCAAAAAAAGGAAACUAAACGGAAGAAGAAUGAUUCAUUUACAAGAUCUUCUCAACAUAAUCAAGAUCACGUACUUGCUGAGAGAAAAAGGAGAGAGAAACUUAGCCAACAGUUCAUAGCACUUUCAGCACUCAUUCCAGGAUUAAAAAAGAUGGAUAAGGCUUCUGUAUUGAGUGAUGCUGUAAACCAUGUGAAACAGCUUCAAGAACAAGUAAAAGUACUUGAAGAAAAGAACACAAGGUUUAAAAACGUUGAAUCUGUGGUUUAUGUUGAGAAGAACAAGAACAAGAAGAGUUAUUCACAUGAAGAUGUCUCAGACACUUCGUCAAAUUCUGGAUAUGGUAAUUGCUACCACGAAUCAGAAACAAUGCCCGAAGUUGAGGCAAGGGUGUCAGAAAAGAACGUUCUUAUCAGAAUUCAUUGUGAGAAAAAAAAGGAAGUGUUGGUGAAGAUAAUGAAAGAGAUAGAGAAUCUUCAUCUAUCGGUCACUAGUAGUAGCACACUGCAAUUUGGAAACACCAAUCUAGACAUAACCGUCAUAGCCCAGAUGGAUGAGGAGUUCAGCCUAAGUGUGCAGGAACUAGCUAGGAACCUUCGAGUUGGAUUGUUGAAAUUCAUGGAGUUGUAGCUUUUUGACUUAUUGUAGUUGCACUAUUGUCAUCAUUAGCCUAACACUAAAUAUAUUAAUUUUUGUUGCUCUCAAUUUCUUCUUAUUGAUGAUAACAUGAACGAAUGAAUCAAGCAA